ACGAUGGCAAGUCACAGCAAAGCAGAUCCCCUCACUACCGGUCAGCGCGAGUACGCAGAGACAGACAGGAUGAUGGACAUGAAGCAGAUUCUCAUCUUUGGACUUUUCCUCGUGCCCGUGUGGACGUCCAAGUGCUAUGAAGAGCGCGAGCUGACCGAGGCAGCAGAGCGGAAGCUGCAGAACCGCUUCCCGCAGCCCGCGGACCCCUUAACCACCGCCACAUCCGGCUCACCUGCCUCCUGCCCGGUGGAGCUUUACCAAACACAGCCGCCCCCCCGGGACUACAGCGGCAGGUCCCUCUCCCCCUGGAGAUACAUACACGUAACAAAGGAGGACCACUUUCCCACCACCUAUGCUGAGGCUCAGUGCCUGUGUUCCGGAUGCAUCCUCUUCCAGGACAACUCGCAGCACCCGGAGCACAGCCUCAGCUACAACUCAGUCCCCUUAACGCAGAAAAGGGUGUUUCUCAAGAGGGAGCUCUGCAGCGACGGGAAUGAGAAAGUGAAGAGAUACCAGCUGAAGCCGGUUAAUGUGGAAGUAGCUGUGGGCUGUACCUGCGUCAGAGUCAACUACAGUUAAUGUUGUGUUUGUUUUAAAAUGCACCAAGUUCUCUUGAAAAAAAGUCUUAACUCAGGGGUGUGGAGUGCUACAGGGUGGCUUAGUGGGAUCGUUGGUCCAUGAUACCCUUGGGAUUGUGCAUGAGGACUUCAAAAGUCAUAGUCACAUCAGCCUUUUUUGGAGGCCUAUUUAUUGUCACAAUGACAUAAUUUAUAAUGUGUGUUUUGUAGGUCUCUGCAUAGUGCAGAAACUAGGUAUUUUAUCAUGUACUUCUGUUCAUACUGAUGACUUUGUCAUCGAAGAAAAUAGCUAUUGUAUAGUUUUGUAAAAUA